AUGGGUCGAAAUGGUCAAAAUAAUAAAAAACGGAUUGCCCGUGUUCUAAGGAAAGCCGGUUAUCUAAACAAAUCUAAAACAUCACUUUCUCAAAAAAAUCAGCCAUCUUUUAUCACAAACGCAGGGCGUGAUCUCAUUAUUGAUGUUUUGCACCACGCAGCAAGCGGGGGAUCGGUUCCAGUUUCCGAAAAACAUUUUGAUACUGCGUCUGGGACUCAUAUUUCUUUACACAAAAAUUCGCCAAUAACUCCUAAAGAGACGCUUCAACAUUUGUUCGAGGCGCUUGGGUUUCCACGAGAUUUAGUACUCCAAUAUAUUGAGGAUCUCAUUGAGAGCUCCGAAAUGCCAAGUUUUCUAAACAUCACCGAAUUAAUGUCUGAGGAUGGUGUGUAUCAACCAUUUUUGGUGAAUUGCUGUUUUGAUUUGUUUGAUUGUAUGAUAAGCUUUCUACGCGAGGAUGCUUGUACGGGUAAGUCUUCUGGAGAAAAUACAGGUGAUAUACUUAGGGAUGAGAUUGAAACUCUCAGAGAGCUAUUUGGCGACUCGCUAGUAAGUCUGAAGGUUCCGUGUGACACAAAUUCUGAAGAUUAUGAAAUUGUUUUCAACUUCUUGACGGAGGAUGAACAGCCAAUUCUGGUUGGGAUUCGAAUCCCGGCUGAAUACCCAGCUGAGCCUCCGUUAAUCCUAUUACAGUUUCGCAAAGGCCACUCAAACACCUUGUCAGUGUACCCCUUCUGUACCAAAGACCUUCCUGCGGCGGCUCGUCGGACAACUAUGGACACCGCAAUUGAGGUGAUAAACGGACUUCAAGAAUCGGCUUGUCUUUUGCCCCUCGUUUCGACUGUUCGAGAUGCAAUUGGGAGCAUUGUGCUUCAGGUGCCUGCCUUUCCGUCAACCGCAAGUCCCAUCUCGGAGAGCGUACUAAACAGCCAGAACGAACAUAAGAAGCGUGAAGCAUUUUUGUCUGCUCUCAUUAAGGAAAAAAAGACUGUUUCGGAUAACAACAGUGGUGAAAAUUCAGUUGAGGUUUCAAUGGCUGAAAAAAUUCAGAUGCGGACAAUCGAAAGGUCGACGGUUGUAGGGGAGAAACGGCGGACGGAGUUCCUUGUGGAGAACCCUGGACUAAACAUCUCGUUAAAAAAGACAUGGGAAAAGUUACGGGUUAACGGAUCACUUAGAAAGUUCAGAAAUGAACUUCCCGCUUAUCGAACUCGAACUGAAUUGAAAAAUACGCUACGUUCUCAUAACGUUGUUGUUAUCAGUGGUGAGACGGGCAGUGGUAAGACUACUCAAAUUCCUCAGUAUGUAUAUGAGUUCAUGUGUGAGGAUGGCAAAGGGAGCUCAGCAAACAUCGUUUGCACGCAACCACGUCGCCUGGCGGCCACAUCGGUUGCCUUUCGUGUGGCCGAGGAGCGUGAUGAGUCGGUUGGUAAUUUGGUUGGUUACUCCAUUCGUCUAGAAAACUGCAUCUCUAAGUACACGCAGAUAACCUAUUGUACAACCGGUGUACUCUUUCGCCGCAUGCAAGCUGACAAUUUCCUUGGUUCAGUGAGUCACGUCUUGGUUGACGAAAUUCAUGAGCGCAGCGUUCACUCAGACUUUCUUCUUAUCCUCCUCCGUGACUUGUUGACUAAACGGAACGAUUUAAAAGUCAUUUUGAUGAGUGCAACAAUGGACUCCGAUCUUUUUUCUCAGUACUUUGGUGGGGCUCCUAUCAUUUCCAUUAAGGGAAGAGCUUACCCAGUUGAGGUGAUGCAUUUGGAGGAGAUCAUUCCUGCUGUUCAAUACAACUUGGAGGACGGAUUGCCCUACGCGAAGGUAUCGGGUAAAAGAGAAACAAAAAAGUGCAAUACGCGCAAGAAUAUUCUGAAUAUUGACAUGGAAGAGGUAGAGGAGGAUUUGAAGCAGUUGGAGUUACAGAAAGAGCUUUCGAAAAAAGUGAAUGCGUCCACUUCUACUCUUCAGACUAUCUCUCGCAUGAACUUUGAUCUCAUUGAUUACGAACUAAUUGAGCAUAUCUUGCGGCAUAUUGAAUUCACCAUACGGAUAGAUGGCGCUGUCCUUAUUUUUUUGCCAGGUAUGGCAGAAAUCCAAAGUUGCUUGGAGCAACUUCAGUCAGAUGAGCGACUUCGUCGGGUGUGUAUUUUUUACAGUUUACACAGUUCGCUUCCCUCUUCAGAGCAGCAGGGUGUCUUCCGGCGGCCCCCACCUGGGAAGCGGAAAGUUAUUCUAGGAACGAAUAUUAUGGAAACCUCGAUUACCAUAGAUGAUGCUGUAUUCGUUAUCGAUACUGGGAAAGUCAAGGAAAACCGCUACAACGCACAAAAGAGCCUUUCAGAGCUUGUAAGCGUAAACAUUUCCAAAGCUAACUGCCGCCAGCGACAGGGUCGUGCGGGCCGCGUGCGGCAGGGCUUUUGCUUUCGUCUCUUUACGGUGGAGCAGUUCGAAUCAUUUGCUGAUCAUCAACUGUGUGAAAUGCACCGAGUGCCUCUUGAAAACCUUGUACUGCAAAUUUAUGCUCUGCACCUUGGCAAUGAAGUGGAGUACCUGCAAAAGGCACUAACUCCACCCGAAGAGAAGGCUGUUCACAGCAGUGUUAAGGUGCUUACUACACUGGGUGCACUCACAAUAGAGAAGCGACUCACCUCGCUUGGUCAGCAUCUUGCUAAUUUGCCACUGGAUGUGCGUGUGGGCAAGAUGAUUAUUCACAGUGCCCUGCUUCAGUGCCUCGACCCAGUGUUGACGAUUGCAGCCUGUCUAGCAGCGCGAUCACCUUUCAAUUCUUCGAUGGAUAUUCGCCAUGUAGUCGAAGCCAUCCGUCGCGCAUUUGCAGGUGAACAUGCAUCCGAUCAUCUCUCUUCAUGGUACGCGUAUCGGCGGUGGGUGUCUACGCUAAUUCACGAUGGGGCGCGGGCUGCACGUAAUGUGUGCACCGAGUUUUAUCUUUCUUCUACCAUUUUAACACAGAUUCAGCUAACCAAAAAACAAUAUGAGACUUAUUUAUACGAAGCAGGCUUUUUGGACGAUGAUUCUAGGCCGAAUCGAAAGCUUUCGAAUGGUAAAUUCAUAUAUCCACCUUUUGUUACGUUAGAUAAUCAUGUUUACGAGGCUGGAGGGGAGAAGUUUAAUACCAAUUCCUCCAGUGUACAGUGCAUUUUGGCUUGCCUUGUUGCGGGUCUCUAUCCAAAUGUUGCUUUUCUCAACCGAAAGAACGAGAAGUCUAGUCACAAGAAGUCAUCACCGGCAUUUUUUACCACAUUCGACGGCUCUCAAUGUCUUAUCCAUCCCUCUAGUGUGAUCGGCAAGGAGCACAAUUUCCCUUCACAGCUAGUGGUUUACAUUGACAAGAUCAAGACGUCCAGCACGUUUUUACGCGAAGUUUCCUUUGUAUCCCCACUGCAAGUCAUCUUCUUUUGCGGUGGUAGACUGAAGUACCUGCCCACACAGAAUAAGCUCUGCUUAGAUGAGUUAACGGCCUUUUACUGUGAUAGAAAGGAUGCUGAGUUGUUGAAGCAACUCAAGGACCAUUUAGACUCAGCCCUCACCAUAAAAAUUAAUGACCCAUUGAAGUCUUGGGACUCGAUCAGCAGCGUUGUAAUGCGAGCGAUCGUGCGCCUACUCAAAGAUGCAGGUUCCAGCAUGCGCGGUAUCACCAUUGUUGACCGUCAUCAACCUCAGACCCCCAAGAAAGAAACGCAUGUACCACCGGAGGAAACUCACUACCCGUCAGAAGCCAUCACGGUUCCGGGGGAUCAGUCAGUUAAAACUAAAAAGUCUUGCUUUAUUUGUGGCGAAACAGGUCACGUUUCGAGAUGUUGCCCUCAUAAUACGUCCCAUCAAAAAAAUGGACCACCUGUAAGAUGCUUUAUUUGUGGGCAGUGGCAUUUUCCACAAGACUGUACGUUUGCUUUGCCUUUGAAGAACUAGUAAAAACUAGUGCAAAUGAAUUAAUUAUUUCAUAUAUUGAAAUCGAGGACAUUUGUAAACUUAACCAACUAAUUUAUAUAAUGUGUUCUACUUUUUGAUAA